AUGUUUAAAUUACAAAAAACAAUUUUCCAUUUCUCUUCAUUAUUUCAAUUUUUACGAAUUUUUAUUAAUUGUCAACAAUCCUCAUCAGGCAAUAAAGAACUUCCUCAAGAAAAACCUUUAAAUAAAUUCCUCUAUCAAUUACAAAAAUCUGAGGGAGUAAAAGAAGAAAUUUCGAAUUAUUCUCCUCCCCCUCCAAUAAAUCCUUUAUUUUUUCCAUUAAAUAAUUUAAGAAAUCCCCCACCACCUCCUUCUACAUUACUUCAAUCACAAAUUCAUUCAAAUAUUCUUUUACUUCCAAAUCCAGCACAACUACCCUCAAUAUUCCGUUUAUCAGCAACUCCAAUGUCCCAAAGCCAAGCAUUUCCAUUAAAUUCAAGUUUAAAUUCUUUAUUGGAAAAACAAAUUAGUAGUGGAACUCAAAAUGAAUUAUUUACAACAAAAAGUACUACUAUUAGCAAUUCCUUUGUUUCAACAGAAGAAAGUACUAGUAGUACUGUUUCUUCAAAGAAUUUUGAAGAAAAAUCUACUUCUUCGACUUCUUCUUCAACUUUUUCUUCUUCUAUCUCAACAGAAAGUACACCAACACCCAAUUUAUUUUCUACUUCAUCCACCCAAUCCCCCCAACUUUCAACAACCCUCGAUUUCCCAACAUUUUUACAAUCUGUCAAUAUUUCUGAAAAAUAUAAAGAAGAAUUUUUAAAAUUAAUGGAAAGUGAAAUAUCGAGAAGAUUGGAAAAUCGUUUAAAUGAAAAUAAUAAAGAAGAAAAAAUAUUAGAAAAUGAAAAAAUUGAAACAAAUCCAAUUGUUGAAGAAAUCCAAAGAAAACAAAAUAAACAAGAAAACCUUCAUUAUAUAAAAGAAGAAAAUGAAAAUAAUUUUGGGGGAAGUGGAAGAAUUAAUUCUGAUUCUUCAAAACGAUCAGAAUUACGUACAGUAAAUACGAGACUUUUUUCUUUAUUGUCUAGUGGAGAAGGGGGAAUUGGAGGAGGAAAUGCAGAAAAUUUAAAUAAUAAUUCUUUAACUGAAAAUGAUUACCGUAAAAGAGAACAAGAAGAAUUUGAUAAACUUUUGAGUAAAUUAAAUGAAGAAACAAAUAAACAAGAAGGAGAAGAAGAACAAUUUUUUGAAAAUAAAAAAGAAAAUGAGGAUGUUGAUUUAAUUAAUUUAUUAAUUCCUUCAAAAAUUCCAAAACCUAUAUGGGCUACAACAACAACAGCAAUAACAAUUAAUAACAAUUUACCCUCCAAUAAAAUAAUAACAACAACAAUAACACCAAAAAUUGAAAUUAAUGAAGACAGAGACAGGGCAAUAAUGAUUUUUGGUCUCGUCAAAAUCCAAAAACAAAAUUUGAGCAUUUAGUAGAUGAUUACAGAUUUAGAUUAAGUGGACAAGGAGAUAAUG